AUGUCGUGGAAUUUUUCGCGUGCCGCCUAUCAAGUCAUUAACAUCUUCGCGAGAAGGAAGAGGCAGAGGGAGAAGAAGAAGGCUGUAAAGAAGGCCGCGAGGGACGCCGCAGCCAAUCCAGUAGCAUCUGUGAAGGAGGAGGCCGCCGCCGCCACUACCACCACCAACACCACCGUUGCCUCAGAGGCAGACGGUGUUUUUAUCAAGGUGGAGCCUGAGGCUGAGGCUGGGGUGGACGGGGGCGAGGCUGGCAACUUCAGCCUCGGCGGCUGCCCAGUCACGAGCAAAUUCAGCAACCAAAUCAACCAAAUCGCAAUCAUGGCCGACAAAGGUCUUGAAGAAGUCCCAGAGUCUCAAAUUGAGUCAAACUACGAUGAGGUUACCGAUUCUUUCGAUGCUAUGGGUCUCAAACCGGAGCUGCUCAGAGCAGGAAUUUAUGCGUACGGGUUUGAACGUCCUAGUGCUAUCCAGCAGCGUGCAAUCAUGCCGGUGAUCAAAGGAUCGGACGUGAUCGCCCAGGCGCAAUCCGGAACAGGAAAGACGGCUACUUUCAGCAUCUCGUGCUUGCAAAAGAUCGAUCCCAACCUCAAGGCAUGCCAGGCUCUGAUCCUGGCGCCGACGCGUGAGCUGGCGCAGCAAAUCCAAAAGGUGGUUGUCGCGAUCGGAGACUUUAUGAAUGUGGAAUGCCACGCAUGCAUCGGAGGAACAAAUGUGCGCGAGGACAUGAAGGCGCUUCAGGACGGCCCACAGGUCGUUGUCGGUACUCCUGGUCGUGUGCACGAUAUGAUCCAGCGUCGGGUGUUGAAGACGGACAGCAUGAAGAUGUUCAUUUUGGACGAGGCUGACGAGAUGCUCUCGCGCGGAUUCACCGAACAAAUCUACGACAUCUUCCAACUCCUUCCCCAAUCCACUCAGGUCGUCCUCUUGUCCGCCACGAUGCCCCAAGACGUUUUGGAGGUCACGACCAAAUUCAUGCGCGACCCGGUCCGCAUCCUCGUCAAAAAGGCCGAGUUGACAUUGGAGGGUAUCAAACAGUUCUACAUUGCGGUGGAAAAGGAAGAGUGGAAACUCGACACGCUGUCUGAUCUCUACGAGACAGUGACCAUCACACAAGCCGUCAUCUUCUGCAACACGAGAAGAAAGGUCGACUGGCUCACCGACAAGCUCCAGGCUCGUGACUUCACAGUCUCUGCCAUGCAUGGCGACAUGGAGCAGGCUCAGCGUGAUGUGAUCAUGAAGGAGUUCCGAUCAGGAUCCUCGCGAGUGUUGAUUGCCACCGACCUUUUGGCGCGUGGUAUCGAUGUGCAGCAAGUCUCACUGGUCAUCAACUACGAUCUCCCUGCCAACCGCGAAAACUACAUCCAUCGUAUCGGACGUGGUGGUCGAUUCGGCCGAAAAGGUGUUGCCAUCAACUUUGUCACCGCCGACGAUGUUCGCAUGAUGAGAGAAAUCGAACAAUUCUACAGCACUCAAAUCGAAGAGAUGCCAAUGAACGUUGCUGACCUCAUCUAA